AUGAAUGUAUUAUUAAUUUUAUCAUUUUUCCUUUAUACUAUUUCAUCUUUAAAAAUUAUAAGAAGAGAUCAACAUCAACAUCUUGAUGAUCUCUUAGCAAGGGAGUUAGAAAAAAGGGGCCUCGGUGGUAAACGAUUGAAUAUAAGAGAGCAAAUUAACUAUCAAAGAAAAAAUAAUUACGAAUUAUAUGUUACUCCAGAUGGAGAACUUAAACAUGAAAGAUAUAAUGUGAAUGAACCAAGACAGAAAAUGAAGAAUAAUGAGCAUGUCAGGUAUUUGAUAAAUGAUUUAGAAAUACUGCAUGGUGUUUAUCCAUUUAGUGGAAGAGAUGUUGAUAAAGUAUUAAAAGAAACAUUAAAACCACCAUCAUUAUGCUUUAUGCUUGCUGGAUUAUUAAUAAAUGAUUUAAAUAAAAUAAAUAUUGAGAAUUCGCCAAUUUAUGGUUUUUUGAUUAAUGGAGAAAAAGAUGGUCUUAAUGUAAAGAAUGUUUUGGAAAUCAGUGUUAUUUUGUCAAAUGUUACUGUUCCCUUGGGUAGUUAUUUCUUCCCAAAUGUAAAGAUAUAUCCUUACCAAAUACCAUUUUUAGUUGGAUUUUAUAGUAAUAAAUAUGGUUAUAAAGAAUCAAAGAUAUCAUAUUUAUGUUCAUUACCACAUUUCCUAAUUGAUGUAGUGCAUACAUCUUCCAGUGGACUUGUUUUUAAUUUUAAUGGAAAUGAAAUUAGUUUCAGAGAAUUGUUUCCAGCAACAUUGAAACAUUCCAUGGAAAUACCCAGCUUUUUACCUGUUAAAAGAGAAGAUCCACAUGAAAGUGAAAGAAGUAAAUUAUUAAGUAAACUUCAAAAAUAUUCAGAAGAAGUUCCAUAUAGGAGUGUGAAGGACGCAAAAAUAGAAGGUGAAGGAAUUGAAAACCCAGCAGAAAGAAUAUUAGUAACUAAAACAUUUUCUGCUGCUAGAGAUAAAGUAAAAAAUUUAUUUUCAAGCUCAGGUAGGUCUUCUAUGGAUAUAAAUUCAAUAGUAUUAUACUUUUUAGCUUUAGGCCAAAAUAUAUUUCCAAAAACAAAACCUUUAUCAUUAUAUAGAGUAACUAUGGUAAAAAUUGAAAAUGUACAAGUAGAUAGUGCAGGAUUUUUAUCAAGCUUUCAAGUAGAAUUGGUUGUAAAUGACAAUGAAAAGUCUAUUUCAGAAGGAAGUGUACAUGGAAAAAAAAUAUUAGUACCUAGAGAAAUUCUUCGUACACCAUCUAUAAUCUACGAAGUUCCAAUUACUUAUGGGCUUUAUAUAAAUGCAAUGGGAUUAGUAUAUGGAUUUGGUGGUUUUUAUUUUCCAUUGAGUAAAGCACUUCCUUAUAAUGUACAAAGUUUGGCAGCAUAUGUACAAAAAUCUGAUUCUUCUACUCCUUCUACUUCUCCUUCUACCCCUCCUCCUUCAACUACUCAUGGCUCUACUCCUUCUUAUCGUACUCGUUCUUCAUCUUAUCCAUCUACUAGAUCAUCUUAUUCACCAACUAGAUCAUCUUCUGCUCAGACUCCUUAUGGUUCUCCCCAUAUCCGUCGUUAUAAUUCUGCUCCAUCUUAUCUUGCUAAUUCCCGUUCUUCUUCUCCUAAUCCUAGUUCUAGUCCUUCCCCCCCCUCUUAG